GCUUCAGAAUGAAUGCCUCCUCGUGGCCGAUGUUCCUCCUGAGAACCCUGACUGGAGCAGAGAUGGCACCAGCCACAGCUUUUAAAAAGGAACCCUCCAAGCCCUCCCAGAACCUCUUUAAACCUGGGAUGAAGCUAGAAGCAGUGGACAAGAAGAACCCCUACCUGAUCUGCCCGGCAACCAUCGGAGAGGUCAAAGGUGAUGAGAUCUUUGUGAUGUUUGACGGCUGGAGAGGGGCCUUCGACUACUGGUGCCAGUUUGACUCCAGAGACAUAUUCCCUGUAGGAUGGUGUUCUCUGACCAGGCACAGCAUCCAGCCUCCUGGCAACUUCUGUAAGUACCUCAACCUCACCACUAGAGGACAGCAGAGCCCUGCUUUCUGA